UUCGCCUGACGCACCAAUUCAGCGCGUUUUCCAGCAGAGAUCGUUGUGAGAUCGCAGUACGGGAGGAUGACGGCUCGAGUGUAUUUCUCGUUGAUUGCUGUUUUAUUGUGUCUGUUCGGAUGCUUGAACCUAACUCACGCUAUUCAAAGACGAACCACAGUGAAGCCGGGUCAAUGUCCAAUACCGGAGAUGAUUCCACUGUGUGCUAAAAGCUGUUUCCAUGAUGGCCAGUGUCCGACCUGACAGAAGUGUUGCCCAACCACUGGUGGCUUUGCAUGCAGCCAGGGUAGUGGACAGGGUCAAGGACAGGGCCAGGGUAGUGGCCAAGGUCAGGGACAGGGAAGCGGUCAGGGUAGUGCCCAGGAACAAGGUCAGGGACAGGGUAGUGGUCAAGGACAAGACCAGGGUAGUGGUCAGGGACAAGGACAGGGAAGUGGCCAGGGACAGGGAAGCGGUCGGGGAAAGGGCCAAGGUCAGGGACAGGGAAGCGGCCAGGGACAGGGCCAGGGAAGUGGCCAGGGACAGGGCCAGGGACAAGGCCAGGGUAGUGGUCAGGGACAGGGAAGUGGUCAGGGACAAGGACAGGGACAGGGUAGUGGCCAGGGACAAGGUCAGGGACAGGGUAGUGGUCAGGGACAAGGCCAGGGUAGUGGUCAGAGACAAGGUCAGGCACAAGGACAGGGAAGUGGCCAGGGACAGGGCCAGGGAAGUGGUCAGGGCCAGGGAAGUGGACAGGGAAGUGGCCAGGGACAAGGACAGGGAAGUGGUCAGGGACAGGGAAGUGGCCAGGGACAAGGACAAGGCCAGGGUAGUGGACAGGGUCAGGGACAGGGAAGCGGACAGGGUCAGGGACAAGGCCAGGGACCGGGACAAGGCCAGGGAAGUGGCCAGGGACAAGGCCAGGGUAGUGGCCAGGGACCAGGCCAGGGACAGGGCCAGGGACAAGGCCAGGGAAGUGGUCAGGGACAAGGUCAGGGACAGGGAAGUGGCCAGGGACAAGGACAAGGCCAGGGUAGUGGACAGGGUCAGGGACAAGGACAGGGGAGCGGCUAUGGUCAGGGGAGCGGCUAUGGUCAGGGGAGCGGUUAUGGUCAGGGAAGCGGUCAGGGGAGCGGCCAUGGUCAGGAGAGCGGCUAUGGGCAGGGAAGCGGGCAUGGUCAAGGGAGCCGUUAUGGUCAGGGAAGCGGUCAGGAGAGUGGUAAUGGUCAGGGAAGCGGUCAGGGGAGCGGUUAUGGUCAGGGGAGUGGUUAUGGUCAGGGAAGCGGUUAUGGUCAGGGCCAGGGAAGUGAUAAGAAGAAUGAGGAGGAUAAGAAGAAUGAGGAAGAGGCUGAGAAGGAUAUGGAGAAGGAGAUGGAGAAUGAGGAGGAGGAUGAGAAAGAUGAGGAUGAGAAGGAUGAGUAG